GUCAGCAGCCUCCGACACAGAUUGUCUACCUUCAGGCGCAGCACACCGCACAGUCGAUACGAUGUUAACAUAUUUUUAAGCCAAGUUUUGUGUUGCAAGUCCUUUGCCGCGCCGUAAAAAAAAAGGGAAACGCAUACGCACACACGCAGACACAAUCUACACAACCGAUCCGCAGGUAUUUGAGACUGAGAAGGAAGACAAGCAGUCUGUUAAUCUCGCAGCAGGUCCCAUCAUCCCAUCACCCCGCGCUAAUCGCCAUGCAAAUCGCAUACGACGAAAGACGUCCCCCGCUGCGACCGAACGAGCGUAUGGUGCUGUUUUAGGCUGGACCUAAAACCAGUGGCACACGAGAAAAAAAAAACGAGUGUUUCGGUUACUGUGUGGAGCCCUUGUGCGUCCGCUUGUGUGUGUGAGCAGGAUGGAACCGGACCGUGGUGUGGCGGUGCUGAGCUUCAAAUGUCCGCUCUGUGAUAUGCCGAUCGAGUCGCAGGAGAAGCUGAAGCAACACAUCAAGGUCACGCACAGCCAUUACUACUACGAUACGUAUCUGUUUCCGCCGGAGAUGCUGUUCCCGGGCGCGUCGUCCAGCGCGUCGGCCAACGUGGAGGGUGUAAUCAGCAACGAACCGCUCUCCACGCAGGAAGUGACAAUCGAACAGGCGGAAGAGGAAUGCUGCACCUGCUGCGGGUACGAGGAGACGGGCGGUGACUGCGGGUUUUGUGACUGCGAGGACGAUGCACAGGGCGAAUGUGACGACUGUCUGGUGAUGUGAAUGCUGGCCGGGGGUUUGUUGCCGCUUCCACUUCCGUUUCAAUUUCCAGCGCCGGGAGAAAAUGGUACCCGGGGGCCCCCCAGGGCUGUUGGCUGGUUGGUUGGUAGGGAUAUACCGCCAUACCGCAAGUAUUAAAUCAAUACAAACCGUGGCACACCUUUCCCGCCGGCGCUGCAUUGCCAUUUCGCCAAGGACGCUCAGCCAUUCGCCCGAAAGUGCCUAACAACUCCAAUCUGUCCGGUUUGUUUUAAUUUUUAUAAUCCAAAAAACAUACAACCUCCCCCAGGAGAGGCAUCAGGAAAAUUGGCGCUACAAAACCAGCAUUACGGGGAUAGGAGACGGCUUCCAAAAGCUUAUCAGCUUCACACAAAAAGAUACUUGCCAAAAUCAUAAUUGCUAUCGUACGAGAGCGCGGCCAAACGAAAACAGCAUGUCAUGCUUCCUUCUCUUCCAAAUGAUGGUGAACACUUUGUGGAAUAGAAACAAAAGAAACCUCCCCAAGACUGUAAGACGUCCGGUACUACAUGCAACUUCCUUCCGCUUGGAAGAAGACGCACAAAAAAAAACAGAAAUGAAAAGAACCCCAAAACGAACCACCGAUUAAGUGUUAAGAAGGAGGCUUUUGAGCGUAACACGAGCUUUCUAGUUUUCAUUACACUCUUCCAAAAAAAAAAAAAAACAGAAAAAGACCCUUCCAAAACAAACAGAGGCGGUGGGGAAAACACAAAGAAAAGAAAAGUUUGCAUAAAAGGGUAAAAUAGCGUAGCUUUAAUGUAAGAUUUCAUUUACCAAAACGGUCCCCAUUUUAAAAGCAUAUUGCUCUGUCGAACUAGUAUUUAAAUGGGAUGUUGAAUGUUAGGAUGUGUUGUAGUUGUGUGGUAGUAUUUUCACCCCCCCGCAUGGGAGCACGCGUCAGAGUCGCACUCUUUUACUCUUGUGGUAGCUUGGAGGAGUCGAGGACUAGGCAAAAUUCAAUGUAUUUUGUGUAUGCGUGUUGCGUGCUUAUACGUUUGUUAGUAGAUAGCAUGGCAAGCAUGGCAAUACUUAGACUGUAGUACACGAUACACGAUGCACCAUAAACAAAGACACACACACGUACUCACAACAUGAUAUUCUAGAUCAUGAUCAAUGCAGCCUAAUUAGAGCAGAUCGCUGAGGCAGUGAAGCGGCAGCUGUGCGAGUAGUUUUUAAGCGCCGACACUAGACACGGGUUUGGUCUAGCAACAGAAACUGAGUAACAGUAUUGCGUUAACAUGAAAGCGGAAGAUGAUGAUGAUGAUGUUUUGGGCUAGCUUAAGAUCUAUCUAUCUAACUUAUUUACCGGUAGAGCCAAAGCAAUGAGGCUGUAGAAAGAGGGGGAAAAACAAAAUGCGUAGAGUACAAGACUGUAGCAUGCAAACGACUGUAGUGCAGGAUGGCACCAAGUGCUGAUGACAUACAAAACCACCUCCCUUCUUCCCACCCCUUUCAAACCCAAAAUGGAGUUGCAUCUGCCAGUGCAAGCCGUUAGUGUUGGUAGAGAAGGUUCCCUUCUGGGUCACUUCCUUUUGAUGUUGCGUAGUAUACUGUUAAGAAGUCCCAACCUUGUCGAUAUCAUCUGUAGUCGUUAUGGUGUUGAAAUUUUGACAUUAAUUUUUUGCAAGGUUUUAUAGCGAACGCGUUACACGAACUCGUUGAUUGUAUCUACAAAAACUAUAUACUUUCCUGAAACAAGGGAUCGAUUAGCGUUGUGGAACCCUUUUAGAGCUUUAUCUCUUAGGAAGAAAAAACAAAAAGAUUGAAUUUUAUACCUUAUUUUCAUGCUCUCUUUUCGAUUACGGACUGUUUGUGUGCGAUAUUUAAAGGAAAGGCUAGAUUCGAUGUAACUACCUGUUUUGUACCUUAACAUAUGUGCACGAGUGGUGCAUAUAGCACUCAACCCAACUCACACGAGCGUUGCGAUGAAUACUCCAUUUCCUCCACAAUUCAAGGCACCUUUAGAAUUUAUUAGUGUGAGAGGAAGAGAGAGAGAGAAAAAAGGAGAGAGAGAGAGAGAGAGAGAGGAAGGGAUAAAGAGCGAGAGAGAGAGAGAGAGACAAAAAGAAUGUGGAAAAUGUAAUACUGAUAAACAAGCAAUUGGAGUGCCCAUCUGGAAUGGUGCACGGAAAUAGGAAUGAAUAAAGAAAUAUAUUAGUAGUUUA